CUCAUGUGGCUGAACGGUGAACAGGUAUUGGAGGUCUGCAACUUAUAUAUACCUGUCCAAACAGUGUACACCUGCACCAGUGUAGCAGUGACAGAAAUGGCCUCAACUGAAGGCAACACUCAGACAUGCAAGAUGACCUCCUUGGACAACGACAUCAACCAACACUUCCAGGAUGCAAUAGAUGUGAUUCAGCAGCAUUCAAAUAAUUCAUAUUAUGAUUCAGAGUACACAUAUUACGAGACUCUGGGGACCCAGCAGCCGUCGCUGCAGUGUCAGAUCUCCUGCUGCCUCGUCACACACCCGUCUGAUGUACCACCUCCUGUGUACGACUGGAAUGACGUGGCUCACCAGUCGUGGCCUCAGGUCAUCCCUGAUGUCUCCCUCGGCCACCCUGUGCAAAAUGACUCGCCUCAUUUCUACUCAAUGUUACCACCACUGAGGAGCAGCAAAGGUCGCAAGAAGCUCAGACUUUAUGAAUACCUCCACGAGGCGCUGAAUGACCCCAACAUGGGCGACUCAAUCCAGUGGACAGACAGCAGCAGCGGCAUCUUCCACUUCAUCUCCAAGAACAAGGAGAAGCUGGCUGAGUGCUGGGGCCAACGCAAGGGCAACCGCAAGACCAUGACCUAUCAGAAGAUGGCAAGAGCCCUGAGAAACUACAGCCGCACUGGCGAGAUCAUGAAAGUGAGACGCAAGCUCACUUACCAGUUCAACCCAGACAUCCUGCACAGGCUCGGCUCUGCACAGGCGCCCGUGCACCUGCCCUGCCACCCCGCACAGGAGGAGGUCCACACCCGGCAGCAGAGCCCGGCGGAGCAGGGCCACUGCGGCUCGGCGGGGGUGGACUGGCACAGCUGGUACGGACACUACCAGCUGCAGGAAGACUACGACCUGGCCUCCAGCUUCACUUCACACAGCAUCACCAAACUCUGAGCCGGAGGAUGGUUCGAUCACACAGGAGGAAAAUCUCUUAAAGCCUUCAAGGUUGAGAUGGUUUUCAAAGACAGUUCAGUUUCUGGGUCCACAUUCAGUCCCUGCAUGUAAUUAUAUGUUACAGUGGGAGUAUUCAUGUCCCAAACGGUAACAUUCCUCAGUUUAAAUACCCUUUAUUUUAGCAUUUUGUGCUCCACAUAGAGGGAUUACUGUAAAAUAAUUUGUAAAUACUCAAAAUAUGAGUGAGCAAAACUUGUGAGUGAAUCAAGAAAAGUGUUUCCUUUGUAAAACCCCUAACUUUAAAUGAAAAGUACCGAAAUCUAUCUAAAAAUGAUCAGCUUUGGCAAACAUUCUGAUCCUUUUGAUUAGACAUAUAAAGCAAAUGACAUACUUAUUUGCAUAUACAUGUAUAUUUUUCUUGUAGCAGUGUUGCACAUGUUUUAACAGCGUCUCAGAUCUGCGAGCCAGUUAACAGGUAACAGAGACCUGCUGAUUCCUGCUGUCAGACUUUCUGGGUCUAUAUUCAGUCAAUGAAUGUUAUUUCAUGUCAUUUCAAAAAUUAUAAAUUAUGAUAUAAACAUAAUUUGACAAUUUGUGGAUUUGUGGAUUUAUACACUGCCAGUCAAACAUCUUUGAAUGGUCUAUAUUUUUAGGAGUGUCACUGUAAAUGAAUUGUAAAUCUUGUAAUUUGAUAUAUAUAACCAUUAGAUAUAAAUUACAAUGCCUUGAAUCUGAUUAAAAAUGGACAUGUAUGUUUGACAUGCAGCUAAAUACAAGGAUUUUUUCAGUA